AUGGGCGAAUCUGUGGCAAAUGGUUCACCUGAGAUAGCACUAACGCUUAAACGCACGAAUGGACUAACCCGUAUCAGACACGCAAGCAUGUACGUAUACACACACGCCAUUGUUAAUGAGCGUUCGCCUUCGCUUCUUCUGCAGAUGAUGAUGUCUAGGGGCGCCAAGGGCUCUGUCAGUGUGGGUCCAACACGUACACAGCCACCUAAGGUACACACACACAAUCAAAUCAACGCAAGUGCCAACGACAACACGUGCAGAGCCACUCAAGGUACUCAAUCAACGCACGCACUACCAAACAAACAGAACAAACAGUGCUGCGAUGGGAUCAUGUUGCACUGA